AUGCGGGUGCACUUUAUAUUGUUAGAUGUUACAUUACUGGCUUGUUAUACUGGCCUGACUGGUGGAAGGGAAAUCAGCCAUGUUCUAGCCUUUAUAUUUGCAUUCAUGCUGAAGAAUUCCCUUGAUGAUGAGAGCUGCAAAUCAAGGAAUUGCCUAAAGAAUGUUGAGAAUACACUCCAAGGGACAAAUGGAGGGAGUUGCAAUCUCAGUAUGCCUCAUGUACAGAAGGGCUAUUUUAAUGGUAACAGUGAAAGUGCAUUAGACUUGGCCAAAUGCUUCAAAUACGAGCCUUCAGUGAAUCUCAGCUUGGAGGAUAUCUUUGCACCCCUGGUCCAUCCUACCCACACCAAGACAGGCAACACUAUAAGAUCUCAUGGCCUCUCAGUCUCACAGUCAUGGAUGCAGACCUCUGGUUCCAAGAGUAGCAGUCUCUCCAGCUGCCAGAGUGGGAAGAAGUGCGGGAAAAAACGUAGAAAACGUUCCUCCACUUGUAACCACAUCAUAAACUCAGACUCAGAAGGAGAUCCAGACCUCCAGACGCACAGACUGCGCAAGGCUAUUGUGAAAUUCACAAUGAAUCCCAAAGAUUUUGACUAUUUCACCCAUGUUGUCUACAGCGAUGAAGACAAGUGCCAUCAGCAUGAGAGGGUUCAUGUAAGCUUCGCCCCAGGCAGCAAAGUUUGUUGCCAUGAGAACAUUCUCUGCCUCACUCUUGUUGAACUUCUCCAGUGUAUCAUAUCAAUCCAGUCACAACUGGCCAUGCACGAAACAGAGUUGAAACACUUGUCCUCACCCUUAUUAGCAACACAGGAUAUUCUUCAGUUUUCUCUUGACACAUUUUCCUCAAUGGUUGCUGAAUUCAAACAUUUGGAGCAGAAAGGGAAUGAUACUGCAGACAUCCGACAGUUGCUCUCUGGGAUGCUAAGGCUUGUGUUUUCUUCAAUGCAAAGAUUUCUCAAGUCAAGUGAGUUAAUGCUCACUGUGACAGAACUAACUGUUGUCCCCAAGCUCCUGCAGCUUGUUUCAGAGAUUCUUGAUAACAGUUUUGUGCAGAGAGAGAGCACCAAUGCAGUAUUGAAGAAGGAAGUAAACAAACUAGAAGUUGGCAAGGCAGCUUUAGCUUAUGAAGUUAUCCUAGGAUUGUUGCUCACUCUGCAGAGUUCUGCUUGUCUCAGGGUUGAGUACAAAGAUGUUUGGCAGUGUCUCACUCUACACAAGAUAUUUUUACAGAGUGAUGGUCCAGAAAUCAUCAAAAAGUUAAUUUCACUUAAGCAUCACUUGUCAUUAGGGAAACGUUCGGAAAUCUUGCAGAAUCUCAGUAAAUUGAUCCUUUAUAUGAAAUACUGGAGGGAAGAUGUUUACCAUGCAGAAAAAUGUGAUAAAAAGAACCACAGGUAUUGUGAAUAUGAGGCUGUGCAGAGCCACCACUCUCAGGUAUUUGGAAUAAAUUCAAGUUUACUCAAUGGAAUUGAUCCCAGUUCUUGUAUGAUUGCGAACUUUGCAUUCAUAUUGAUUGACUGCUUCUCAAUUACUGAAGAAAUUGAGAUACAUGCCUGUUCCAUCAAGGCUUUAUCAAAAUGUGGCCUAUGUUGUUGCAUGAGUACAGGAGCUGUUCUAAGCAAACUAUUGCAGAACCUGAGUUCUGAGAUGCAUCAUGUUGUUUCAUAUCUUACUGUCUUCAUAGAAAACAUUGUUUGGCGUGACCUGGGUGGAAUGACUUUAAGGGAGGCAGUUCGCUGUAUUUUUUGCCAGACCCCGGAAUAUGUGGGUGGGGGGCUCAAUCCUAUAACUGCCGAAUAUACCUUAGAAGAGUCAUUCUCAUCGACCUUUAGUUCACGUGGAAUCUCAGCUUUUAAUUCAACUAAGAAAUGUUGUAAUCAGAAUAUAGAUGACACACCUGUCUCUUCCUCUCAUUGGGAAGGCGUUGCUCUCUAUAAAAGACUUCUCUUUUGUAAAAAUAUCAGUUCAAAAGUGAUUGUUCAUAUAACAAGACUCUUGUCACGUAGCAGUGCUGGAGUCAAGUUGGAAAUGUGUGAAUACCUCAUCAUCCCAGCUUUAAAACAGAUUUGUGAAAAAGGCAUUUCUAAAUAUGAGAGCAGUGGCAAAGAUAAGGAUGUGUUAGUUGGCCUGCUAAGAUGCAUUAGAUUAACAUUAGCAGAAUCAUGUGAUCCAAAGAUAACACAAUUUCUUCAGGAUAAUGGCCUGUCCCUUAUCACAGCCUGCAAAUCCAUUCCAGGGGUUAGAAGUGAAGCCUUUGCAAUGCUUUGCAACAUUGUGAAGAAAGAAUUGAAAACAAAACCUGGAAUGCCAGUAAUGUCUGCUACAGAUGAAGAAAAGAAUUUUAUGUUUACAAAGUUAUUUGAAGCAGAAGUUUUAGAGCAUGACGAGUUCUGGACAGGUUAUUUCAACAUGAAAGUACGUGAGGUGAGACAGAGGUUUUUUAUUCACACCCAGCUAGAUGUGUCUACAAUGGCAGAUGACAAUGUUCCAAAUACUGGCCUAAACCACAACAAGAAUGAAGUCAUCAGCCAGGACAAUGCAGAUGCUGAAACCAUCAGUGACAAGACAGAUGAAAAAGAGGAGCGGUUAGAAGAGGAGAAUGAAGACACUAAGGAUAUCAAGGAAGUUGUGUAUACAGAUAGUGGUUCAGAGGUGAGCAAAGUUGAAGAUACAGAAUUAGAAGAUCAAAAGGCCACCUCUCCCAUCCCCAAUGAGUUUGUAGAAGACCAUGCUGAUCUUGAAAACUUUAAGAACAUUGACAGCCAGACACUUGCCCUCAAGUACGCAGGCCUUGGUGAGUUGUGGAAUGCUGUCACAGAAGUUCUGCACACGAGCUCUGAGUUCCAGGCCUACUUGGCUGCAUCAGGUAUCCGUUCCCUGGUGGCACCACUGCUUGUCAACAUUACGCAGGACCUGGCUCGUGCUUCCUCAGGUGCCCUAGGACUGAGCAGCGUUGUAUUAGAGCAGCUAUCUGUUACCUUCUCGCUGAUGCACUCGCUGCUCACCUUCGUUAUUGUAACUUACCCAUAUGCAGGUUUGCAUGUGGAUACACUUUUGAAUGAGUUGAGGUCGCCAUUGUUACGUUACUCACCCCGUACUUGUGGGGAUGUGAAACACCUCGUGUCUGUCAUGCUACAGUGUUGUGUGUUGUCCUCAUCAACCAACAUAACUUAUUCUUUACCUCACACAACACAGGCCCUUGAGAUGCUUGAUGAGGAGCCAGGUACAGUUGGAGGGGAAGGAGAGCAACAUCCAGGUGAGACUGAUGGCUACGAGGCUGACACAGAGCAGCUCGCCAACAACACUUAUCCUUCAUCAGCUAGAUCUUGGCAACAGGAUGACAAUUUGGAGUGCCCUGAGCUGGUGCUGUUGGCAUUGGACCUCAUCAUCAACCACCAUGAGAAGUUCCUUGAAACACGAGAGGAAGCUCAGGAAGAGGUGGGAACAGGGCCUGAAAUCCAUGAUCAGCAAGAGAAACACAUGCCUGAGUCCCCCGUGAAGAAGAGGGGUCAGAACCGAAGGCGCUGGAGCAGGAGGCGGCGGCUCAAGGAUGGAUCCAAAUCCCCCUCAAAAGGGUCAGGAGCUCGCAGUGCAUCUGGUGACAAGAGUACAUCCUCAGCCUCAUCAGUGUACCACAGUAUGACCUCAGAUGACGAUACGGGUUCUGAUACAGGGAACUCCGAUGGGACUGAGUGGGCUAAUGAACCAAAGCCAGAGAUUCUUGAGAGUGAGAAAGUGCAGGUGAAACCAGGGCUAAGUGCAAAUGUUAGUGUAGAAAAUGAUUCCUGUGUAGAAAAUGCUUGUUCUACCAACUCCUUUGAAAAUGUCUCCUCACAAUCUGCAAAUGACUACAAGGCAAGGGCUCAGGGUACCAUGUUGCAGUCCACCUCCCAGGACGAGUCACUCUCAAAGGGCAUGUCGUGGUCAUCUGGCGAGGCAACUUCUCCACAGCACACAGUCCACACAGGGCCAUCAUCCACAUACUCAUCCUGUUGUGAGAGUGAGAUGACUCACAGUGCCUCCCUUACUCAGUGUGUCCAUGCCCUCCUCCUCCUCUGUCGCUCAUCUGCCAAUGUGUGUCGUAGGCUCCAUGCCUUGGGCUUCCUCACGAGCCUGCUGAAUGGAUUUACUGAUCUCAUCUGUGCCAACAGUGUGAUAUACCAAGUUUCAGUAUGCUUGAAGUUGCGCAGGCGUGGAUGUGAAAUGCGGCAGUGUGCUCCGUAG